GGACGAGGCGCCGAAGGAGCGGGCGGCGGCGCGGAGAUGUUCGUGGCCCGGAGUAUCGCGGCGGAUCACCGCGACCUCAUCCACGACGUCUCUUUCGACUUCCAUGGGCGGCGCAUGGCGACCUGCUCCAGCGACCAGAGCGUCAAGGUCUGGGACAAAAGUGAAAAUGGGGAUUGGCACUGUACUGCUAGCUGGAAGACGCACAGUGGGUCUGUCUGGCGUGUGACCUGGGCUCAUCCUGAAUUUGGACAGGUUCUGGCUUCUUGCUCUUUUGACAGAACUGCUGCUGUGUGGGAAGAAAUAGUGGGAGAAUCGAAUGAUAAACUCCGAGGGCAGAGUCACUGGGUAAAGAGGACCACACUGGUAGACAGUAGAACAUCUGUUACAGAUGUAAAAUUUGCUCCCAAGCAUAUGGGUCUUAUGUUAGCAACCUGUUCAGCAGAUGGAGUAGUGAGGAUAUAUGAAGCCCCAGAUGUUAUGAAUCUCAGUCAGUGGUCACUGCAGCAUGAAAUAUCAUGUAAACUAAGCUGCAGUUGUAUUUCUUGGAAUCCUUCAAGCUCUCGAGCACAUUCUCCAAUGAUAGCUGUUGGAAGUGAUGACAACAGUCCAAAUAUUUUGGCUAAGGUUCAGAUUUAUGAAUAUAAUGAGAACACCAGGAAGUAUGCAAAAGCAGAAGCUCUCAUGACAGUCACUGAUCCUGUGCAUGAUAUUGCAUUUGCUCCUAACCUAGGAAGAUCCUUCCAUAUCUUAGCUGUGGCAACCAAAGAUGUACGAAUUUUCACGCUAAAACCUCUAAGGAAAGAACUGACUUCUUCUGGAGGAUUAACAAAAUUUGAAAUUCACAUAGUGGCUCAGUUUGAUAAUCACAACUCCCAGGUCUGGCGAGUGAGCUGGAAUAUUACUGGCACAGUGCUUGCAUCAUCUGGUGAUGAUGGCUGUGUUAGGCUAUGGAAAGCUAAUUACAUGGACAACUGGAAGUGCACUGGCAUUCUGAAAGGUAACGGGAGUCCAGUCAAUGGUAGUUCUCAGCAGGGCAUUUUUAAUGCUUCUUUAGGUUCAGCCAAUACAAGCUUCCAGAAUUCACUAAAUGGAUCAUUUGCUGGCAGAAAACAGAGCUGAUACCAAGCUAACUGGAGUAACUUUGCUGUUUUGCUGCUUGUUGCAUGCACACAGGAAUGGAAAAUGAACUCCUUUUUCCCUUCCCCAACGCCGUUUGACCUCUCCCAAGACACCAGCAGCCUGCUAACUACUAAACGCAAAAAGGCCUUUAAAAAAAUCUUGUAUACCUUUUUGUAUUAGCCAGCAAAGUUUGAUAAUGUUGGAACUUCAGAAAGAAAGAUAAUUGGAGAGGCUUCUUGAUGAGACAAAUUUCCACCAAGACAGGUGUUUUUUUUUCCUGGAAAAUUCAUGAAAUUAAAGAACUAGUUUAUUGCUAUAAAGAAAAUUGUUGUUCUUAAGUGGGAUGGGAAGAGGGGGAAGAUGGCCUAAUGACCAUUAAAGUCAGUUAAUUUUCAUUAAAAUUGUUCUGAGUGUUUAUUUGCUUUACGUUUCAUAGUGCUUAAUUAUAUAAGUAAGGUUCCUAAACAUCACAACUUUGUAAAUGAUUUUUAAUAUACAGAAAUUGCUGUCUUAUUCCUUUAAGGCUAACAGUGUGAUUUGACAAUUGUACAGAUGAUAGUUUAAAUUAGUUUGAUAAUGUUACAUUUAUAACUUAACCACUUCCAAGAAAUGUUUUGUAAGCACUGUCAUAGUUUAUUCAUCCUCACUAAAAAGUACUUUUUCUGAUGUAUGCCACAUGCCCCUAUGUUGUGAUUUCAUGGAUUCGCGGAUUCCUUCUAAGCACAACAUUCUAAUUUAUUAAACAUCAAAAGUCAUCUUCCAAUGUAGAUUGUCCCAGAAUUUCAUAAAUUACUUGGCCUCUGCAUUCUGUAAAUGUUCUCCACAGAGCUAUAAACACAACAGAUACAGUUUAGAGAUAUUUUAAUAGCUAUAAUAAAUUAAUGCAUAUUACGGGUAAGUCAUAAUAGAAAUGGUAGAAGAAUGGCAUAAUUCCUAGAACUUGAGUUUACCGGAAAUCUUAAUCUUAUCCCAAGGCUUUAGCAGAAAUCUGUAAAUACAUAGUGAUUGUAUUUCAUGGAAACAAUAGUCAUUCUUUGUAGAUGUAUACUAUGAAAGAUAACUGUUGUAAAAACAAUGCAGUGGUUUUACAUCUAUCUUAAAAUGUGCAGUGAGAUUAAAUUGAACUAGAUGUAAAUGCAGCAUAUUAUUUAAUGUGUGCCUGGUGUUGCAAAUGAAGUGUUGCUAAAAGCUCUGUUAAUAAGCAUGAAUUAUUGGAGAGAGCGAGCAUCAGAGAAAGAUGUUGAUAGUUGUGCUAGAAAAUCUUUUUACUUUACAAAGUAACUUAUUCCUUUGUAAAAUGCCUGUUAGAAGUAUUUUCACAUUAUACUUUUUCUAUACUUUGAGUGGAAACAUGUACUUUUCUUUAAAGAACUGUUUGAGCAAAUCUGGAAUCUUGUUUUGAAUUAGGGCCUGAUUUUUGCUAUUACACUCUAUUGGUUUUGGCAUGGAUAUACUAAAGCUUUUUUUUUUCCAGCAUGUCUUUUCUCCCCUUUGGUUCUCCUUGUAUUUACUACUUUUCUCUUUUUCUUCUGUUUUUGUUUUUUGUUUUGUUUUCUUUUUUGUUUUGGUGUUUUGUUCCUGUCUUAAUUGUUUCAGGUAUUUCUUUCCCCCUCUGGAUUCCCCACGGGCUGGAUCAAGAUGGUCCAGUCAUGCCCAGCUCCUACCUCCUCCUCCUCUGAUAGAGCACUCUUGCGAUGCUGACACUGCCAACCUACAGUAUCCUCACCCUCGCAGACGAUAUAUCUCUCGGCCUCUUAACCUUUUACCUGAAAAUGAAGGGGUUUAACACAUGUUGUUUAAAAUAAACUCUAAAGGGCCUACUUGAUGCUUGUAAACGCUUCCAUUUUCUAGCUGCUUUCAUUUUUCAUUUUUCCUUCUGAAGAUUUUCAAAAUUUGGGGGCUUUUUGCAUGUUUUGCAAAACAAACCACAGUAUUUGGAGUCUGAACGUUUAUGCUUGUGCAUCAAAGGAACACUAGCUUCAUUGUUCCAAUACCCUUUGAAUUAUGACAACACAAUACCAGCAGCAUUAAGUAUGAGACCUAUAUGCAGAGUAGUUGACUUCAAAAUGCCUGUCCCAUAUUUUUUGUACUCAGUUUGUUGUGGUCUUGAGUUUCUUUUUUUUCUUUAUUUCUUUUUUUUUAAUUAUUUUUAUUUUUUGUAUAUCACAUUGAUAUAUGUGAAAUGUAUUGUCAGAGUUCAACAUGCUCUCAAGAAACCGUUCUGUAACUCAAGGAUCACAUUAGAAGUAACUCCUAAAAUAAACGGUUCCUGUGCAUAUUGCAGCAAAAUGGUAAUUUGGAGUGUUUGGUCAUUUGAAGUUUCCACCUCACUGCAUAAGAUUUAAAUAUUUAAUUUUUUAAAAUUGUCAUUGAGUAGAUUAAUAAAACUUAUUUUAAAAGA